GAUUAUUUUGUAGUAUUCAGAAUGUCUUUUUCCAAUUUUCCAUGUUGUGAAGGGAAAGCAGCAUAUACUUGCAAACCAAUCAUUCUCAUUCUUGUGGGAGGACGAAAGGGGGCAUCUACUACAGGGAUAAAGCAAUGAAAAGAAAAGGAGCUUAUUCUUCUCUGUGCACAUUUGAAUCCUAUGAGAAACAGAGGACAAAGAAAGGAAUUUUGUAAAGAUUAAAGAGAAAGGCAGCAAGAAUUCAGGCUACUUUUGCUUUAUCUUUCAACAGAGGAAGGUAUUCCAAAUGUAACAGGAACAGCAUCGAAUUGCUUGCUGAUUUCCACCAAGAAUCAAGUGAACUAUGCAAUAGUUUGGAAUAACGUUGUCCAUGCUACAUUGCACCAUGUAUAUUCCUAUGACUCACCUAUAGAACCUAGCAAAAUCAUGCCUCUCAGGCAACCUUCUUUUGAUAACUAGUUUAGUUCCUGCGUAAUGGCUAGGUUAAACCUCCUCCAAAACCUAGUGACACCACUCACAACCAUGGCUGAGGUCGCAUCUAGCAUCCUAGGACCUCUUGUGGAGAAACUAACUUCAUCGGUUUUCGAAGAAAUUCAACUGGUAUGGGGCGUCAAGGAUGACCGAGAAAAGCUCAAGAGCAUGUUAGAGAUUAUCCAGAAGGUGCUUGCCGAUGCUGAGCAGAAGCAAACAAAAGAAGAAGCUGUGAGGCAUUGGCUGUCGAAGCUUAAGAACUUCUGCUACGAUGCCGAGGAUGUGCUAGACGAAUUCGAAGUCAAGGCCUUGCAGAGGUGGGCGAGGUCGACUGGGCAUUUGACCUUCAAAAGGAAGGUACGCUACUUGUUCUCGUGGCUAUCCAACUUCAUUUUCCAGUUUAAGAUGGCACAUAAAAUGAAAGAACUGAGGGAGAGGCUUGAUGGGAUCAAUAAAGAGAAAACUGAGCUCAGCUUGUCAACUAAUGUUUCUGAAAAGGCUCUAGUUCAGCGGAAGGAAACUCAUUCUUUUGUGCCCGUUUUGAAUGUGAUCGGAAGAAACGAAGACAAGAGAAAGUUAAUAGACCUGUUGAUGAGAUCAGGUGAAGGUGGAGCUGGAAAGAUUGGUGUCGUUCCGGUUGUUGGAAUAGGGGGGAUUGGAAAGACGACUCUUGCUAAAUUGGUAUACAUGGAUGGUAGGGUAAAUGAGCAUUUUGAACUCAAAGUUUGGUUAUCCAUGCCAAUAGAAUUCGAAGUUAAAAGGAUAAUAAGAGACAUCAUCCAGUCUAUUGAUCAUGAAGCAAGCCGUGAUAGUUGGAGCCUUGAAAUGCUGCAAAAUCACCUGAGAAGCCUUGUGGAGAACAAAAGGUGUUUGUUUGUACUGGACGAUGUCUGGGAAGUAAGGCGGGAGGAUUGGUUGGGACUGAGAGAUCUAUUAGAAGGCGUUUCUGAAGGGAGUAAAGUCAUCGUGACUUCGCGGAAUAAAUCUAUCGCCUCAAUCAUGGGCGCCGUUCCCCCUUAUAAUUUGUCCAGCCUUUCGCUGGAGGAUUCUUUGACUUUGUUCACUAAGUGCGCAUUCGAUCAAGGGCAAGAGAAGAAUCACCCAGACCUUAUGGAUAUUGCCAGGGAAAUAGUGAGCAAGUGCGGGGGUAAUCCUAUGGCAGUCAAAACUUUGGGAAGCUUGUUGCAUUCAAAAGACAACCGGAGCAACUGGGAAUCCGUAAGAGAUAGUGAGAUAUGGCAAUUAGAAACUGAUAUCUUACCUUCAUUGAGAAUAAGCUACGAUCUAAUGCCAUCUUACUUGAAACAAUGUUUCGCUUAUUGCUCGAUAUUCCCGAAGAACUACGAGUUCAACAGCCUUGAACUGAUCCAACUGUGGAUAUCGAACGGGCUUAUCCAAUCUAGUGGAGGUAAUCAGGAGCUGGAAGAGAUUGGACAGCAGUACUGGGAGGAGCUGUGGUCGAGAUCCUUCUUCGAUGAUGUCAUGGAAGACUAUCUGUUCUUGACCUUCAAAAUGCACGACCUCAUACACGAACUGGCCAUUUCGGUGUCACAACCCGAAUCAUUCAACGUGAACAUUCGCACGCACGAUCAGGACGUUUCCUCGACGACUCGGCAUAUAUCAUUUUCUGAUCCAUCUCUUCUGCAAGAAGAUGAACUUCCUAGCUACUUGAGCAAACUCAGCGGCGUUCGCACCAUCAUGUUUCCAAUAAAAAAGGAGGGUCCCGCUGGGGAGUCCUUUCUGGAGAUGUGCAUUUCGAGAUUCAAGCACUUGCGAGUGCUAUAUCUACAUGACUCUAGCUUUGACCAACUGCCUAGUUCCAUCGGCACUCUAAAACAUUUGAGGUUUCUUCAUUUAUGCAGCAAUCGUAGUAUCAAGAAGCUCCCCAAUUCGGUCUGCGAGCUCUACAAUCUGCAGAGCUUAGGACUUGCUGGGUGCGAGGAACUGGAGGAAUUGCCUGCAAACAUUAAGAGUAUGAUCAACCUCCGUUUUUUGGAUAUAACCACGAAACAGCAGCGAUUGCCAGAAGGCGGAAUAGGAUGCUUGACUUCUCUGCGGUGUCUAUUCAUUGGAGACUGCAACAAUUUGGAGGCCUUGUUCGAUGAUAUGCAAUUGCUCACGUCGCUCCGUAAGUUGUUCAUUGGAGGUUGUCCGAAGUUGGCAUGCUUACCACAAGGCAUCAAGAAUUUGAAGGCAUUGGAGAAUCUCUGGAUUUGCAACUGCGAGAACUUGAAGCUGCCAGAAGGCGAAAGUGAUGAACCACGCUCCAUGUCGAAGCUUCGAACCUUGAUGUUUAUGGGAUUACCGAAGAUAGUUUCUUUUCCUAGGUGGCUCGAAGGUUCUGCAAGAACACUGCAGAGGAUCGAUGUUGCGCAUUGCCCCAACUUGAGUAAAUUGCCCGAGUGGCUGCAAAACUGUUCUUCUCUGAGAAAACUGAAGAUUAAUGACUGUCCUAGAUUAUCCUCCUUACCAGAUGGAAUUCGCCUCAUUGCCACAUUGAGAGAGCUGUGGAUAGAUGAUUGCCCGGAAUUGAGCAGUAGAAUUGCUGCUAGAAGCGGUGAAGAUUGGAGCAAGAUCGCUCACAUCCCGGAGAUUUACAUCGACGGAAGGAAGAUGAAAUGAUUGAUUUAUCGCAACUGUCCCACCAUGCGGAUGGAACCAUGGGGUUGCAUUUCCAGGCGGAAGUUCCUUUGAGUUUCUGAAGAAAAAGAUUUGAUUUUUCGCUCAUCGAAGAUGUUACUUUGCCAGUGCUGCUGAAGUCUAAUGCUCAAGGUCAAAAAAAUAAUGUUUGGUUGAUGAAUGUCAAUUGUCUGUAAAACUCCUUCAACUCCACAACUCUUCUUCUUAUUGUUUCUCUUCUUUUCUGUUUUGUGUGGUGUGUUCUGAAGACGUCUUCAGAAGUUCCUGGUGACAUAAAGUUGGCUGAUGCCUACAAUUCGAAUGAGUGCUUAUUCGGUGACUUUCGGUCUGUUUCUUUCAUAAACAAUAUCCUUGUGAGUCAAAUUCUUUGAGAAAGUAUGGAGUGCAAUCUGCAAAGCAAAAGCGGUCACUUUUGCUUUCGCAGUUUCAUUUAUGCUUCUGUUCUGCAUAAAAGCUCUCUAAUGUCCCGUGUAAAUAGUGCAAAUGUUGAACUUCAAUGUUAUUCAUUGUUCCAGAAUGCCAACCUGAACCAUGUGCUUGACAAAACUUCAUCUUCACCAAAGGCACUUCCAAGGAAAAGCACUUGAUUUCUUCAUUCUGUAUUGUGACAAGUUCUUUCAGACAAAGCAUCACAUGCCCGCUUGAUUCAAGUCAAAGUUCGUACGAAAUGGGUACAGGUUAAGGUACCGAAUCAUCCAAAUCCUCGGUAAGCUAAAGCUUGCAUUCGUUGUUAGCAUGUGCACAGCACUUGCCGCUAACGACGACGGUCCCUCCGAAUCUGAUCUGCCCUCUAUCAAACUCAGGGAAGUUUCCUGAGACCUGACAACUUUUCGUUUCAGGAGAUAGAAAAUGA